AUGCUUCAUUCCAGAAACCAUCCUCGCGACGAGCGCCAUAAUGAGUUUAUAAGAUACGUUCGCCAGGAGCUACAGCCGGGACUGGAUGGGGACGACAACGAGACUCAAUUCAUUAGCCCUGUUGUCACGGCCAGAUGGUGGAGGAGGGGUGGCCAGCAACGAUUAUCUCAAGCGAUCGAUCGCAACAUCCACGCUCUUCCCUCCACGAUUGAGAAGGGUUACUUAAAUAUCUUCUCCAUUUUGGUCUAUAUUGGGAGGUCAUAUCUCAUCAAUCAUUUUACUUCCAAUGGUUACCAGGACCAGCAACUACCUUUACUCAAUGCGCGCUGCUUUGGAGACGACCCUGCACUUGUCGACGACAUGAACGAGUUUUGCGACAUCCAAUGGAUGUUCUGCCCUCUUAUCUUCUCGAGCAAUACACCCAUGGAUAAGCGACAAAUCGACCGGCGGCAAAUAUUACCUGUCAGCAAAAUAUCCAAAAUUACAACCAAGUCAAACCACUCCAAGUCAAUUAUUCGAGUCGUGACUUUAUACCCUGAGUGCUUCGACCACGAAUGGAGUUCAACGGGUACGGUCGUCUUCAAAGAAUACCGCACACGAGAAAGAGAGAAGUUGCGAGACGCAUGGGUUAAGGAGUACAACGCAUUCGUCGCGAUCGAGUCUUCCGAUUACAUUGUCAAAUAUCUUGGUUCGUUUGAGCAGAACAAUCGCUGUUUUAUGAUCCUAGAGUAUGCCAGUGAAGGCAGUCUUCUCGAAUUAUUCAAGCGCAACGAAAGACCAGCCACGGAAGAAGAGCGGCGGUAUUUUUUAUAUGGCUUGAUGGGUCUCACCAAAGCCAUCGACAAGAUACAAAACCUUGGAGGUGGCCCUCGGAAUCAACGAACAGGAUUUGCUCACCGGGAUAUCAAGCCUGCCAACAUUUUGGUAUUCCCUGGUAGACAUGGGCGGUACUCGUCUGGUUUCCAAAUGAAGCUUGCUGAUUUCGACACUGCGACACCUGAUCGACCAAUGGAUGAGGAUGAGACCAGCUUUCAGGAUAAUGAUGGGAACCGGACAUAUUGUUCCCCCGAAGCAACCAGAUUCUACAGAGACCAGGAGAAGGGUUUGAGACAGGUCCCAGUCGCCUCUGAUGUUUGGUCUCUUGGUUGUGUCAUUAGCGAAGCAAUCGUUUGGGUCGCUGGCGGAAUGGCUGCCCUUGAUGAAGCUACCAACGAACGCAGAAGAGAAAUCCUGACACAUUGGCCACUUCUUGCCGAUGGUAGCUUUGGCGAAUGCUUCCAUAACAGCUCAACUGCACUUACUUGCGUGGUGAAAUCACAUUCAGCUGCGGUCGAUGCGCUACAGGGCCCCAUUUCCCUGUCGCGGAGCGUUUGCAGCCUAGUUGAGCGUUGGAUGCUUGUGCCAUUUCGAGAAAGACAAAGCCCCAUCCUUAUCUGGAAGGCCUUUGAGGGGACUUACCGCGAUCUCUUUCGCCCUGCUCCCCCCUCAGGGUAUUAUAGCGGCCCUCCCUUACCUCAACCCGGCUUCAACAACACCACGGUAUUCACCCAGUCGCCCAUGAAUAUGACCGAGUCGUUGUUUCAGCCAGAUCGAUCUCCUCAUCAGCGGACGUUUUCCCAUCCGGAAUCUUCAAGGCAGAUCAGUAUAGCCUUGAAUCACCCUAAUAUGCACCAGCGAGACCCUCUUGGCAUCAAUACUCGAAUGCCUUCAAACAACGGAACACCAGUUGAUCGACGCAUAUCAACUCAAUGGAGUCACAAUGAUGUUCAAGCUAUAGCUGAAUUGGAAGAUAAAUCCUCCCCCAUCUCAACGGUGUCAACCAAUGAUUUCAACCUUGGACACGCGUUAGGUUCUCGGAAGCAUCCUGGCAUCUCAUUUUCUGCUCAAGAUAAUCAUCAUCAUUCGGUUCCUGAUGCCAACAGCCCUGCCAAGACCUCCAUCGACAUCAACAGACUCACUCCGCAGAAACAACAGAACGGAGCGGGUAUGUAUGGCGAUCUCACUAUCGACGGUGUUGUCAAUCACCGCAAGAAAAAUGGUAAAAGGGAAUUACUGGGGGGCUACGAACAGUUCUGCAAUCGAAUGGGGCGCCGACGUUUUGUCUUUAUAAUAGACGACUCUGUGACGAUGCGCAGUAGGGAACGCGAGGUUCUUAAAGUGAUAGAAGUUUUGGUAUGGCUCGUCAGAAAGAUCGAUCCAGCUGGUCCAGAAAUCCGCUUCACAUCAAAACCAGACAAGAAAUACCCAAUAGAACGACGACCUCGAUUCCUUCUGAAAAUCGACAAGUUCAUCAACCCAGUACGGCAAUGGCUCAGUGGCAACGACGCUGAAACGCUCUGCAAUAUGAAGCACUCUUUCAACCAAGUAUUCGCAGAUGCUAAUAUGGUGGAUCCCAAACGACCAACAAGUGUCAUCAUCUUGACAGAUGGAAUAUGGGAGGGUGGCGGUCCUAUUGAAGAGAAAGGUGUCGAAGCCUGUAUAACGAAGGUGAUCAAGCGAAUGGAAGAGAAAGGCCUUGGUGAUACCGCUUUUACCUUUCAGUUCUUGAGCUUUGGUAACGAUCCAGAUGGUCUCCGCCGACUGAUCUAUCUGGACGACCAUGCCCUCUACGGAGGGGAUGAGCAUAACAGGACGUAA